CCGCCAAUUGACGGGAAUUAAGCUACAGGAGGGUAAUUCGAUUCCCUGCUCAUAGAUAUGGCGGACUUUCUUCUUUUCGAGGGCCCCGUGGGCUACUCACUCUUCAAAGUUAUUCACGAACCCGACUCCGUUGGAAACAGACUGAAGGAGGUUCAAGCUGCUAGCCAGGACCUUGCGAAAUUCGGGAAGAUGGUUGAGGUUGUCAGUUUCUUGCCAUUCGAGAACAAUAAGCAAGCGCUCAGCGAAAUUAACGAUGUAUCCGAAGGUGUGGCCUCUGAGACACUGAUCUCGUUCCUUGAGCUCAAUUUACCAAAAUCCAACAAGAAAAAGAGCGUGGUUAUGGGUGUUUCUGAUAAAGGCCUUGCUGGUAGCAUCAAGGCCGCGUUCCCAUUUGUAGAGUGUGAAACCGGCGACACCAGUGAAGUUGUGCAGGAUAUGUUGCGAGGAAUCCGAAUGCACUCUGGAAAGCUUCUUAAGCAGCUCCGUGAGGGUGAUAUCAACACGGCGCAGCUCGGUCUCGGCCACGCCUACUCUCGCGCGAAAGUCAAGUUCUCCGUUCAGCGCGACGACAAUCACAUCAUCCAGGCCAUUGCUAUUUUGGACCAAUUGGACAAGGCCAUCAACACUUUCUCUAUGAGGGUGAGAGAAUGGUACUCCUGGCACUUCCCGGAAUUGGUUAAGAUAGUAUCUGAUAACCACCGUUAUGCCCGUUGUGCCCUUUUUAUCAAGGACAAGAAAGACCUUUCGGAAGAUAAGCUUCAUGAUUUGGCCGCCAUCGUGGACGAGGACGAGGGUAUUGCCACUAGCAUUUUAGACGCUGCCAAGCACAGUAUGGGUCAGGAUAUCACUGGCACGGAUAUGGAGAAUGUUAUCGCCUUUGCUGAACGCGUUGUCAGCCUUGGAACAUACCGCAAAAAUCUGCACGCUUACUUGGUCAAUAAAAUGAGUGUUGUUGCUCCUAACCUGGCCACCCUUAUUGGAGAAGUCGUCGGUGCACGUUUGAUCUCGCAUGCUGGAAGCUUGACCAACCUUUCAAAAUACCCUGCUUCGACCGUACAAAUCCUUGGUGCCGAGAAGGCCCUUUUUAGAGCUCUCAAGACCAAGGGUAAUACCCCCAAGUACGGCCUUCUAUAUCAUUCUUCUUUCAUUGGCCGCGCCGGUACCAAGAACAAGGGACGUAUCUCUCGGUUCCUUGCAAACAAGUGCUCUAUUGCAUCAAGAAUAGACAACUUCUCUGAGACACCGUCUACGGCAUUUGGAAAUGCUCUCCGACAACAAGUUGAAGAAAGAUUGGAAUUUUACUCCUCUGGUGCCCCCCCUACAAAGAAUGAAGUGGCUAUGAAAACUGCCAUGGAUUCUAUCCUCGCGGAUAUUGAGAUUGAUGGAGACAAUGAUGUCGAAAUGGAAGAUGUAGAAAAGGCUGAGAAAUCUGAGAAGAAAGAGAAGAAGAAGGAAAAGAAGGAGAAGAAGGAGAAGAAAGAAAAGAAGGAGAAGAAGAAGAAGGAGAAAAAGGAGAAAGUGGCCGAUGCAUCAGAUGACGAAGCUGAUGCUUCACCGAAGAAGAAGCGGAAACGUGACGCUGAUGUUAGUUCGGAAAAGAAGAAGCAAAAGAAGUGA